ACCACUUGUACAUGCAUAUAAUUGCACUAAGAAUGAUGUCACAGGGUUUUCUCCAUAUGAACUAAUGUUUGGUCGUCAACCUCGUCUUCCCAUAGAUGUGGCUUUUGGGUUACCACUGGAAGAAGACACCACUACCUCUCACCUGCAAUAUGUCCAAGGAUUGAAAGCACGCCUGCAAGACAGUUAUCAGCUGGCUGUGGAGAACUCAGAGAAGGUGAUGUCCCGCAACAAGAUCUCUUUCGAUCGGCAUGUCACUAAUUCUGAACUUGCCGUGGGAGACAGGGUCCUUGUUAGAAACGUCCGACUGAGAGGAAAGCAAAAAUUGGCUGACAAAUGGGAACCUGACAUAUAUGUAGUGGUAAAGAGGGCUGGCAAUCUCCCUGUUUAUACUGUAAAACCAGAGAACCAGGAUAAACCUCUCAGAACACUUCAUCGUGAUCUUUUGUUGCCCUGUAAUUACUUACCUGAGCAGAGCUCUAAAAAAAACUUGCCUAUGAAGAGAAAAAAACAUCUGUCUGUGAACUUACCUGAUCCUGACGAUAAAGAAACAUCAGAGGAUGAGAUCAUUUCACCUAUAUAUGAUCCCUCUUCUUUUGAGCCUAUGGAAUUUAUCACUACUGUUAAUUUACCAUUACCUCCUGUCCAACAAUCUGUUCCACCUGUAGAUCUACCUGAAGUUCCUGAUCAGCCCCCAUCCUCUGCUGCAGAAGAGGAUUUAGAACAGGAAUUUCCAGUUGUCUCAGAUGAGUUAAUGGGAUUACAACCUGUGGACAGAGAGGCAAUAUCCAUCAGUUCAAAAUCUGAUGAUUCUGCUGGAGGCCCUGCAGCUGAGGGAAGUCCUGUUCCUGAGCCAGUCACUCCAGAACCCUCCACUAGUAAUAUUGAACCAGACGUGGACUCAGAUGCUGAAUCAGAAUCAUUAAGCCCAGAAUCAGAACCAUUAUUGCGAAGAUCAACCCGAGCAAGAAGACCACCAGAACGUCUACAGUACUCUCAACUGGGCCACCCACUGUUGAAGAGCAUCCAGUUAUUGUUUCAUGGUUUGACCACUGCAUUCUCACAUGCUCUUGAAGAGACUGAGGAGGAUGAACGCAUAACUGUCCCUGCCAUCCAGACUCAACCUGGUCCAUGUACGGGGACGUGCAUGGGAUUAGGGGGGGAAUGUGUAACCCAGGUGACCACCAUGACCCAAUCACCUUCCCUUUGAGCUGCCCCUUUAAAUUGAUUGUUGUGUGCUUCCGGGUUUCUCCUCUUUUCUCCAAACAUUGCUGCUGCUCAUUGUUGGCUGUCUGAUCGGUUGUUUAUAAAACAACCAGAGCGCUUAGAUUGACUCAUCGGUUGUUUGUCUUUGAGACUUGAAGAUUUGCGGUGAGUGUUGAAUGUCAUCUGACUGUUGUUGUAUAAUAGCUGUACUGAUCGCGCCGCUAAUGUUGCCUCCCGUUAAACCACUCAGGUUGUGAUCUAUUGCCAAAAUCGAACAAGUUACCAUACCUCCUCAGGCAAUCAUUACUCGACGGUCAGGUUUUUUUUCUUCCUUGGAUUCACCUCUUUGACGAAGGAAGAUGGCGAGCUACCCACCCACCACCUGGUGGUAGGAAACGGAACUGCAUUUUUUCCUACAGGAAAUGAACUAAAACUCUUAAGGAGUAUUGCAAGGGGAAAAUACUUGUCUCCUUUUUGCUUUUGGACUUAUUGUGGACUCUAUUGGAUUCUGACAUAUCACUGAUUAUAAUAAUUAUUUUGUUGGGUUGUUUUUUUUUCCCUCCUUCCGUUUUUUUGGAAAAUUUAUUGUUUUGUUGUUUUGGUAUUAUUAUUAUUAUUAUUAUUAUUAUAGCCACUGCAAUAAAUAGCAGUAUUAACUUUACUUUUGCAUCAGUUGUAUUAAUUAUUCACCAUUAUCAUGACUCCGUAUCGUACCUAGUUCUAAUUAUAUAAGCUGGUUAAUAUUACAACUUGCAGUCAGAGCUGCGCAGUGAAGAAAGCGCUACAUAGUCUGCAAACAACAAUGGUAUUUUCUUUAGACAUUUUAUGAUCCGAGUUGUUUUUACUUUGCUCAGCUGCCACCUAGUGGACAGAAGCUGCAUUUUCUAAUAUUUUUGUUGGAAUCAGCAGCAUAGAGAUGAAACAGAAACAGAUCAACACAAAGACCUGCAGUUUGGAAGUAGAUAAUCUUUGCUGCCACUUUGUGGUCAAAUGGAGUAAGUGGUGUAGUUUGAAGAGUAAUAUUUACUUUCUUAAUCGCUGAUAAUCGAUUAAAAAAGUAAUCGAUUACUGGAAAUAAAUAAAUUUCCAUUGAAUUAAUUUUUAUUAAUUCAAUGGAAAUUGAUUACAUUGAAUUAAUGGAUCAAUUUCAUGGAUUUAUAAAUAUUCCUAUAUAUAUUUCUAUAUAUAUAUAUAUU